AUGUUGAUGGAAGGAGGCAGAGCGGCUGCUGCGGCGCGGAACGUCUCAAGUAUACAAAUGCUCUCAGUUCAGCCAGACACCAAGCCGAAAGGUUGUGCUGGCUGCAACCGAAAGAUCAAGGACCGGUAUCUUCUAAAGGCACUGGACAAAUACUGGCAUGAAGACUGCCUGAAGUGUGCCUGCUGUGACUGUCGUUUGGGAGAGGUGGGCUCCACCCUGUACACUAAAGCUAAUCUUAUCCUUUGUCGCAGAGACUAUCUGAGGCUCUUCGGUGUGACAGGAAACUGUGCUGCCUGUAGUAAGCUCAUCCCUGCCUUUGAGAUGGUGAUGCGGGCCAAGGACAAUGUUUACCACCUGGACUGCUUUGCAUGUCAGCUUUGUAAUCAGAGAUUUUGUGUUGGAGACAAAUUUUUCCUAAAGAAUAACAUGAUCCUUUGCCAGACGGACUACGAGGAAGGUUUAAUGAAAGAAGGUUAUGCACCCCAGGUUCGCUGA